AUGGAUGUUGACGGACUCGAGGACGAGCUGGCAAGGGAAGUGGAAGACCUCCAGGAUAUGGCUACAAAAGGUGGAGGUACCGUCACAGCCGUGCACAAACGGUUUCAUGAAUCGGCUGCCAAUCGACAACCUGCGAAAGGCGAGAAGGGCGAGUGCGUCAAGUGUGGGAAAUUCUGUUCAUGGUCCGAGAUGGAAUUCGACGAUGACGGCAAUCCUAUUUGCACCAAGUGCAUGGACGCAGGUCAACCCCAGAUGAAUAGCGCCAUUGAGAUCCCUAAGGUUCCAGACGAAUUCCAAAAAGACGUUCGAGGAAGAAAACCUACUCGGUCAGGAAGAGAAGUGAUCAAAGUUGAGGACGAUGAUGAGUUUGAUGAGACCCAAGCCGGACCGACGACUCGGAGCGCGAUAUCGAGGCCAGGUCAGAAGAGAAAGCGCGAAGACAGUGGCCAGGUGGUAACAAUCCAGGACACCGAGUAUUUGGUGUACACGGACCAGGAUGACAAAGGCCAGUUGGUGAGGCUCGAAGAGCAAUCCUGCAAGGGCGUCAAGAGUUUGGCAGAGAGGUGA